AUGUCCACUACUUCCACAAGCAAGUUUGCACCAAAGACGCCUGUUCAGCUGGAUCCACCCAAAUAUGACCCAAUAACGAAAAAAGAAUUGGCUGAAUACGAUGGAGUACAAAAACCUCAGAGAUACAUUGGUGUGAAAGGGGUAGUGUUUGAUGUUACAAAAAACAUACAAGCUUAUGGCCCAGAUUCCAAGUAUGGUGUAUUUGUAGGGAGAGAUGCAAGUAGAGCACUUGGGAAAUCGAGCUUGAAAGAAGAAGAUGUUGAUUUGAAAAUAAGUGAUGAUAUAUCUGAUUUCACAGAGAAACAAUUGAAAGUGCUAGAUGAUUGGUUUAGCUUUUUCAGUCAAAGAUACAACAUAGUUGGGAAAAUUGUCCAGUAA